CACUAUGGCCAAAGAACAAUUUUCCCCAACAAAAGGCCGUGCUUAAAACAUCAACAGAAAGAGAGGAUUGGGAAAUAGGCUUCAGUGCUGCAUAUAUUUUACCAAAAAUUCAAAGCAUCACUAAAACUACGGCUGAAUUCAAAUCUGAAUUAAAUAAAGCAAUGGCAAUAGCAAAAGUUGCUAAAAAUCAAUUAGAAGAUGAAAUUACGCAAGAAUUAGAAAUAAGUCCACAAUAUAAUAAAGAGUACCUUCCUAGACUAUGGAGAAUUACUGGAAAAAUUAGUUUUAAUGGGUUUAAUUCGUAUUACUUAAAGAAUCUUGCACAAAAUUCUAAAGAUUUCCCAUUCUUAAAUGUUUAUUUCAAGCAUGAAAAGAAUUUAUCACAAUUAAAACACCUUUAUCCAAUUAUCAAAUUC